GUCGUCUUCGUAAUCAUAAUUUUAUAUUUCAUUUUCUAAGAAUAUAAUAACACCAUCGUUACUCGUACAUACUCCUAAAAUCAAGGUGUAGUGGAGAGAGAGAGAGAGAGAGAGAUAAAGAGCGUGACCAAACGAGUGAUAAUUAAGAAACUAUCACUGGCGUUAUCGUCGUCUCCAUCAUUGAGAUCAUCACUUAUGUCCGGAUGGGAUCAUUUGAAUUGAGGAAUGGAGGUAGGUAAGGUUGUAUCGCCCGUUGUGCUAAUGGAGGUUACACAAGUAGGAGUCAGGACUCGAGCUCGAGCCAUGGCCAUCGUCGAGGAGGAGAUCGCGGAUAAUUCGGUAGCCGUGAAGAGAAGGAAGCUCGGUAACGACAAGCUGAGGUCGCCUUCUUCAACGUUUGUGGAAACUAAAGUUGUUGAUCGUGAGAUUUGUGUUAAUAAUGUGUUGAAAGAUAUACAAAAUGAUUGCUAUGAUGGCGCGGUUAGUUGUAGAUCUAGUGGCGUUUCGGCGUCUUGUUGCUCUAGUAGUACUGGAUCAAUGGAGAAACCAAAAGUUUCAGAUCUGGAGGAGAGUGUUGAUCAAACUGGAACAACUACUACAUACAAAUUAGAUGGAAGAAAAAGCACACUAGGUGAGCUGGAAUCAACGGCAGCGGAUAACCGGUCAACGACGGUGAAUAAUUCUAGUCAUACGGUCCUACCGGCGGAGAAGAUGGCACCAGAAGCCGAGCUUGAAGAAUUCUUUGUGGCCGCUCAAGAAGGGCUCAAUGAACGUUUUAAAAACAAGUAUAAUUACGACAUUGUAAAUGAUAUUCCUUUGAAAGGUCGUUUCGAGUGGAUUCAAGUAAAUCCCACAAAUAACAAAGACGAUGAUGACGGCAAAGAAGAUGAUUAGAGAAUAAUUAAACACGGUUGUACGUUUGAAUUUAGAAUCGUUGGACAACAUUACAGUUUUUAUUUUAACUUCAAAUGUUGUACCAGCUAGCUAGCAACUUAAUUAGAUCUUUAAUGCUAAUUGAGUAAUUUCAGUUUAUUCAACACAAGAUCUUCUAUCUUCUUUAUGGUCAUAAAUGUUAUUGUACUAGUGAUCGAUCAUUGUAACAUCAUUUAUAAAAUAAA